AUCCUACUAAAAGAGAUGGUGAAGGAGACGGUUACGUCGGCGAAGACGUGUUCACACUGUGGCCACAAUGGUCAUAACGCACGGACUUGUCUUAACGGUGUUAAUAAAGGAACCGUUAAACUGUUCGGCGUUAACAUAUCGUCUGAUCCGAUUAGGUCGCCUGAGGUAACGGCGUUAAGGAAGAGUCUCAGUCUAGGAAAUCUCGAGUCUCUUCUCGCUAACGAUAACAGUAACGGUAACGGUGAUCCGAUCGCUGCCGUUGAAGAUACCGGCUAUCAUUCCGAUGGUCAGAUUCAUUCUAAAAAGGGGAUAUCCGCUCAUGAUAAGAAAAAGGGGAAGCCAUGGACGGAAGAAGAACAUCGAAUUUUCUUAGUCGGAUUGAAGAAACUGGGAAAAGGAGAUUGGAAAGGAAUUGCAAAGACUUUCGUGACGACAAGAACACCAACACAAGUCGCGAGUCAUGCUCAGAAAUAUUUUCUUAGGUUAAAUGCUAACGACAAGAGGAAAAGACGUGCUAGUCUCUUUGACAUCUCUCUCGAAGAUCAGAAGGAGAAAGAGAAGAACUCUCAAGUGAUGAAGACAGAUGCAUCAACUUCAUCAUCGAAGACUCCAUUUAAACAACCAGUAACCGGCCGAUCUCAAGAACCGGUACAAGUUCAAACUCAAACCGAGAUAUCAAAGCGGUUUCAGAAUCUAUCAAUGGAUCAGUACAUGCCAGUCUACCAAACCGUACCACCUUACUACAACAUUCCACCUUUUAUGUUCCAUCCAAUGUACUACGCCAAUCCUGAACCGAUUAGGUUUGUUCACCCUUCUGGUAUACCUGUACCAAGGCAUUUACCGAUUGGUACGCCUCAACCUGAUCAGUCAAAUAAGGCUUCUCAAAUGGCAAAGAAAGACUCGUUGGAGCUUGAUAUCGGUUUGCCUUCACCUCCUUCUCCUCCACAAUCUACCGGAGCAACCGACUUGACGGCCCAUGGCGUCAUUCAUGUGAAAUGA